AUGGGGAAGGUAUCUGUUGACAAAUUGAAGCCAGCCCUGGCAGAUCACUUCCUACACAGGAGAAUUGGCUCCUACUUCCCUCCCAGGCCGUCUCUAUUUAGCCAUUUUUUUCGUGGCACAGACUCCUUUAUUAAUAAAUAUUUGACUGAGGGACCCCAAGAAAUAGGUUCAAUGUUUCCAUCUCUGUUUGACGGGAUCCGACCUGGCAACAAUCGCUGUAAAACCCUACAUCUCAGACAGCCUAAUGACGAUAACCAGCAAAAAUCUGGGAAUUUCAGAAUAAUCCCAAUUAUAGUGGAAGGUAGGGAGGGAAAUAGCAAAGCAGAAUCCAUUAAUGAAGCUAAUCCCAUUGUUCUGGAUGAUGAUGAUGAACCAGACACAGUUGACAUUACGGGGGAAUCAUCAGCAUCACCCCUUUUCCAGCAUAAAUCCCAGAGUACCUUUGACAGAAAACAUACAACAAAAGAUUCUGCAAUCACAGUCGAUGAUGACAGUAUUGUCUGUGUGCGGCCUUCAUCUACUGAAUGCUUCUCUAAAGUGAACAAGGCACAUUUAAAAAGACUUGACAAAGCAUCUCCUAACAGUAAAAAACAUAAUCAGUACAAAAAUUAUUCUGAAAAAAUGUGUCCAUCAGUGUCAAAUGACAGGUUGGUCUGCACUGGUAAAACGAGAACAAAUUCUGUUAUCACACUUGAUGAUGAUCAGGAAACCAUACACAUAGAUGACAUCAUUCCGGAUUCUGAAUGUUCAUUGCAACAAUCUUCUGACCCAGAUGGUGUUCACAAAGAAAAUGUCUCAAAGGUUAUUGAGGUUGAACAUUUAGAGUCUGAACUAGGAGCGACUCCAAACAGAAAGUCCACCAGUACUGGAGCAUUUAGUUCAGAAGUUGAUAGUUGUUGCAGCCUGGUUUCCUUAAAUAUUGAGGAUACAGAUGAUGUUAAUCUUUCAAACAUUGAGGUACCUAGGACUUCAGGGCUUUCAAAAACUGCAGAAUGUUGUGUUGAAGAGCUGAAGGACAGUCCACCUCCUGAUCAUCCAGUCUAUGAAGAACUGAAAACGAUUUUAGCACUGGAAAAUAGGAAAAUCCACUUCAUCACUGGUGAUGGAAAUUGCUUUUUCCGAGCACUGAGCAAAAUUUUGUAUGGCUGUGAAACUUAUCACGCAGCGGUGCGGUCACUCAUCGUUGACAUUAUAGCCACAAAUAAGAGCAAAUUUGCACAGUUUGUCGAUGAGAAUGAUGUUCUGGCCCACGUACAAAAGAUGUCAGAAGAUCACUGUUGGGCAACCACCUGUGAGAUUUACGCGGCUGCCACUGUAUUACAGAGAGACGUCUAUGUUCUGACCCCGCACCCGUUGAACAAAAACUACUCCUGGCUGUUGUUUAAACCUGUCUUCAAAAGCAUGCAUGUUCCAGUCAGUUUUGCCAAGCACUUAUGUUAUAUAACACUGUGUAACACUAACGGAAAUCAUUAUGACCUGGUUGUGGCCGAUCACGGCAAAUGUAACUGUUUCUUGCCGUGUCCAGAGUUAGAUGGAAUCAGUGCAAGCAUAGAUUUAACAUAA